AUGAUUUGAACUAAAGAAAAUUGCUAUUCUGCAAUUAAUACAUAUUACACGCACAAAUCAGACGAAAACUCAGUAUGCUAUUCUCCAUGUGGUAAUUUUCUUGCUUCUGGCUGUUCAGAUAAAAGGAUAUUUAUUCAUGACAUUAAAAAAUAUGUAUAUCAGCAAGAAGCAUUUGCUAAAGAAAGCUGUGCGGCUUACCAAGUUAUUUAUUCGCCAUGUGGAAGGUUUUUACUCUACACUUAAGAAAAUUUUAAUAAUUUUGAAUUAUUAAUUAAAUAAUAAAUAUUAAUCAAAGAUCAGAAAGAAAAAUUAGCUUCAGUUGGUUGAGGACCGAUUAUAAGAAUUCAGGUCAUUGAAACAAAAGAAAUAUUUCGAUCAUUUGCUGGGCAUAAAUUAAGAGUGAACUCAAUUUUAUUUUUGUCUUCAGGGAAGCACCUUAUUUCUGGAAGUGAUGAUCAAAACAUAAGAAUAUGAGACAUUGACAGCCAAAAAGAAGCUGAAAUAUUUGGCAACCACCAAAGAGGAGUGACAUGUCUUUCUCUUUCGCAUUCUGGGGUCUAUUUCAGCUCAGCAAGCUCAGACAAAACAGUUAAAAUGUGGAAAUUCAGAGACGAGUUUGGCCCUAAUCUAAAAAUCACUUCUUAUAUAGAUUUUAAUCUCUAG